UAUUGGUAUUGGAUAGCUGAUAUUCAAUUUAAAAUAAAUUAUAAUUAUUGUUUUAUUUUUGCAGUUGCUUACCUACAAAAGAAAUGGAAGUCACUUAGAGAUAGCUAUCGAAGGAAGUGUGUCACUAAAUCUGGCCAGGCCAGAACAAAUGAGAAGCCCUAUGCCUACAGCAAAAUGUUAGAUUUUUUGCGUCCAACUAUGACUAAUCGAGAAACUGAAAGUAAUGUUAAAGACAUAGACAAUGAAAACAGCAUACAAACAGACAAUGAGGAUGAUAAAAGUGUUAACAGUGAUGAAGAGUAUGGCAUGGUAGUCGGGGAAGAUAUCUCUGUUUCGGAUAUUUUUGAUGACAAGAAACAAAUUAAAAAGAAACAAGAUUGCAAACGCCGUAAAAAAGAAAAAACCAAAGAUCCGGAUCAACAAUUUGAAACUAAGAUUCCUUCAAUUUUAAAUAAUCGUAAAAGUGAACCAGACAAUGCUAAUAAAUCUCUUCUUUUAUCCCUCUUACCAGAAUUUAAAACAGUAGAUCAAAACCAUAAGUCACAGUUAUACAUUGAUAUAUUAAACAAAAUACAAAAUUUUAAAAGAACCCAUUCUCAAGUUUCUAACAAUCCAUAUUAUCUUCCACAAAUGAUCAGUAAUUAUCACAAACAGUUUCAAACACAACCAUCACAUGGUGAACCAUAUACAGGUCUUUCCUAUUCCUACCCACAAAAUUUAAACCCUAGUUCCAUUAUUGAGUACCCAUCAGCAAGUAAUUCCGUUUCUAUUCCACCACUCGUUUAUAGUGUACCUCACUUUAAUUCCACUCCAACACCUCAACAUGAUAUUAACUAAUUUUUUUAAAUAGGAUUUAAAAAAAGUAUUUGAUAUUUUA